UUGUAGAAGACAGUUGGGUCAAAAGCUACAUCCACGGAAUCAGCCAGGAAAUAUACCAAGUGCAUGUCCCAAAAUCACUCAUCGGAAAGUCAUUUUUCAAAGCCACAAGGUACUUUUACCGCUGCCACGGCAUCCUGAUAUUCAGCGUCGGCUCGUUCUCCCAAUCGCGCGCCCGCUCAACCACAUGGCGGACCACCCAUCCUUUGACACCGACUCUGGCUACUACCAGAUUCUACUAGCGCCGUACGAUUACAUAUUGGAAAAGUAUGAUAUGCUUUUUGCCAUUUCGACCGACGUCCAAUCGUAUUGAACGCGAUGGUUUACGCCGAGCGCGUGUCCAUAAGGAGCGCAAAGAUUGAGAAAAGCAGUGUGCGCAGUAACACGGCUGGGUUAAAAAUUGAAGUGAGAUCGCCAUUAUUUAUGACAAAUACGCCCCCCCGAGUCCGCAGCUGCCUUUUCGUCGACACCUCAUUGCUUUGCUAUCCGCAUCCAACAGCGCGCGGAGUACAGCAGCGACAAUGCCUGCAGAAAAUAAGUCGUUGGCAGCACAAUAGAAGAGGGUAUCCGGUCCAAAUGGACAGUCCGCGGCGAAUGAUUGCUAAGCCCCCAGGUGCCAGUAACCAAAUAAAAAGUUAUACCGGUAACUACAUCAGUGACAGCGACAGCUCGUACUUCUCACCCGGACGCAAACCUAUAGAAACAGUUGUACACAGCAGCACAUACCCGCCAUCCGUAUUCCCCAUCAAUUCCUCUGCAACAGCGCAAUUGCACCAUGAUAAAUUUGAAGGGCGACGUGGUGACCUGGUACCACAGGACAUACGCGACCACAUUGUGAUAUGCGAUGCCAGCAGCUUGUUUCCGCGCAACGUCGAGCUAUUGGUGCAAGCGCUGAAAAUGCUUAUGAAAACAAAGACCUUAACAUUGUCAUACUGUCACCAGGCCAGCCCGACACGCAGCACAGGCUUGCAGUGCAGCAAUUUACGCACAUCUACCAUGUGCGCGGCACGCCCCUGGCACAAGCAGACCUGCAGCGAACGCACAUUACAAGAGCGCAAAAGGCCAUAGUGCUGGGCUUAUGCAAUACACGCUCUUAUGCAGAUAUUGGCGGCGAAACUAGUACGGACUCAGCGGCCAUCCUGGCAAACAUGAACAUUCAUCGCUCUGUG